AUGACUGAAAGCAACUCAGUGCGAAAUCCAAUUGUACCAGGCACAAUACUCUCCAAGGAUAUUGAAGGUUCUGCAGUCGACGCUACCAAAUUCAAACAAGUCGUUGGGAGCCUCAUGUAUCUAACAGUGACCCGACCAGAUUUAAUGUUUGGAGUAAGUUUAAAUAAUCGAUACAUGGCAAAUCCAAAAGAGUCACAUUGGGCUGCAGCAAAACGAAUAUUAAAAUACCUCAAAGGAACCCUCGAAUAUGGUAUAUCUAUCAAGGGAAAACAAAGACUGGUCUCAUGGCUUAUAGCGAUAGCAACUAUGCAGGUGACUUAA